AUGAUCAAAGUUAAUUAUAAAUUCCAGAAACAAAAUCAAAAUCCGUAUCGUCAUGUUCGAGUUAAGAAACCUGCUAAAAGAAGACAACUCAAUAUUAAGAAAAAACAUGCUGUGAAACAAGGCCCAGUGUUACAAUAUAUACCAAGCAAUUAUCCAUUCACUAACAAUCCUUAUUACUUACCAAACUAUUAUCCAAUAUAUUGGUAUUAUAAUCCAAAUAAUAUAUACAAUCAAUUUCCUUCUACUACUUUAACUCCAAAUAUAAAUCAAAAACCACACCCAACCAUAUCAACCAUUAAUACAUCUAAUUUGAUUGAAAAUAUCAAACCUUCAGCGGAAACAUUAAAUAAACCUAUUCAUGUAUCUUCAACGACAGCUGCUAAUAUCAUAACAAACACCACAGAAUCUACUACUGCAGCGACUGCAAUCUUGCCGAUAGAUGUGUCAUCAAAUAUUACGAACACUAGCACCAACGUUAGUAGUUCCAUGGAAACGCCUGAAACUACAGACAAACCAAUUGCAAUCACUAACAUAAUGGAACAUAAUAAUAAUGAAAAUAUUCCACACUUUACACCAAACACUACUACCAGUAAUCCCAUAGCAACCACAGAAAGUACAAUCAAUCCAAUUAAAGAAGGAAUUACAACAGUAUCAAGCUUAGUAUUAAAUAAAACUGAAAGUACAAUAUUACCUAAUAUAGGAACUGACUUAAAUAAUAUGCCAACAACAACACCAACUCUUGACACUACAGUCAUACUGGAACUUAAUGCGAAUAAAAAUAAUUUAUCAACUACAAUGAAUACUAGCAAUGAAGUUAAUAAUUUAUUAUUGAUUAUUGAAGCCACAACAAUACCAGAUACUGAAACUGAAGCUGAAUCAACAAUGGUUGCAGAAUUGGAACUUAAUGAAAAUGCAAACAAACCUUCACCUUUACCUACGUCAUUCACCACAGAGAGUAUGACAAAGCCAGUUGAUAUUACAACUUCACCUUUUCUUAUGUUAACUACAAUGAAUACUAGCUCUGAAUUUAAUAAUUUAUUAUCGAAUACUGAAACUACAAUAGGACCAGAUGCCGAAGCUGAUUCCACAAUGAUUAUUGAUUUCGAUUCCAAUGAAAAUGAAAAUAAAACUUCACCUCUGUCUAUAUCAUUCACCACAGAAAGCACGACAAACACAACUUCACCUCUUCCUAUCUCAACUAUAAUGAAUACCAGUUCCGUAAUGAACAAUUUGUUUUUGAUGAAUGAAACUACAUCAAUGCCAGAUAUCGAAGCUGAAUCCACAAUGGUGACAUAUUUAAAUUCCAAUGAAAAUGAAAAUAAAACUUCACCUCUGUCUACGACAUUCAUCACAGAAAGCACGGCAAAGCCAGUUGAAACAAUCACUUCAUCUUUUCUUAUGUUAACUGCAAUGAAUCUUAAAACUACAAUAACACCAGAUAUCGAAGCUGAAUCGGAUAUCAAAGAAAAUGAAAAUACAAAUUUACCUAUUGCAUUCACCACAGAGAGUACGACAAAAGCAAUUGAAUCGGCAAGUUCAUCUCAAGCUAUGUUAUUCACCACAGAGAGUACAAAACCACUAAAUUCACCUAAAACUACAAAUUCACCUUUACUUAUGUUAUUUACCACAGAGAAUACUAUAAAGCCUGUUGAUACCACAUUUUUAUGGGAAAUGCAAAUGGAUGUACCUGAAUAUGAAGAAGAUUUUUCCACAUUAAUUACCACAUUGGCACCUAAUGAAAGUAAACCUACUUUGUCAUCUUUAGUAAAGCUUGAAAAAGAAACUAAUGAUGAUUUAUCUUAUACCACAGCAGAAUCAGUUGAAUCUACAACCAUAUUGAUGCAAAAUAUAAACAAAGUUACUCUAUCAAAUACAUCAAAUACUACCACCAAUGUAAGCAUUUCAGAGCCAGAGAGUAUAACAAAAUUAAUUGAAGCUGACAUAGAUGAUUUCACAACUGUUCCAAGAUUAGAAACUAAUACAUAUGAAACUACAUCCAACCGUUACUUAAAUUCUGACACUUCAGCUAUAUUAACACAUAACAAUAAUGAGAAUCCUUUAUCAAUCAAUGAUAACAGUGUGACCACAUUAGUAAUCACUCAGCCAAUACAUGAACCUAUAUCUACUAUAACAUUGGAGAAUAUUGAAAACGAAACAACUUCAUCACCCAAGUUCAAUAAUGUAAGUCAAAAAGUUUAUCAUCUAUUUCCUCAAGAAGCUACAACAAAGCCAAUUACAGAAACAACUACUAUUUUAGAGCAAUAUAUAUCUGAAAAUCUAACAACAACUAUGAGAACCACGGAUGUUAACCAUAAUCCUAUAUUAUCUAAGAGAGUACUAACAGCGGAACAGCCGGUCAAUAAAACAGAAACAUCAACAGUAUUAGAAUAUAACAAAAAAAAAACUACAUCUGAUUUAUUUGAUAUUGGAACCGAGGAAGCUGAUAGGUUAUUCACUACAGAAUCUAUUACAAAACUCAUGGAAGAUAGUGGUGAAAAAGUGGAAGAAAAACCAACAUUAACAUACAACGAAGAUAAAAGUACAGUACCUGGAAUUUCAAAUCUUACAACUGAAAUUAUUGGAAAUAUUAUAGAAACCACUGACAAUCCCUCAGUAGAAGACGUAAAAGAAGUACAUUAUACUACAACUUUAACACCUAAUGAAGACCAAACUAGUAACUCAAUACUUUUAACUUCAGUACUAUUAGAACAAAACAAGAAUGAAAUUCCAAAUUCAAUUUUACUUAAUCCAAAAAGUGACUUAAAUAUGAGAAUAUCUACAGAACCAAUAUUGGAAUCUGUUGAAGGUAUCACACCAGCAAAUAUAAUUAUCACAGCAUUUGAUCAGAAUGACAAUAUGGAUUUACCAAAUGAUAAAGGGUCAACAGAACCUACAGAUGUGACAACAGUAAAAUACUCAUUCACACUAUUUCAACAAAGUGGAAAUAAGGAUACAAGCCCAACUUCAUUUAAUGAAGAUAUUGAUUUCAAUAUGCAUAUAUCCAGCAUAAAACCUGACUUGACAACAGAAAUUUUUGCAGCAGAAAAUUUAAUUUUGGCUCAAACUGAGAAUAAUAGCACAGAAGAUAGGAAUAUAUUCACAUCUACAAUAUUUACUAAAACAGACGAUGUCAGAGACAAAUUAAUAGCAACACCAAAACAUAACAAUAAUAAAAAUUCAACAAGCACUUUGAACCCAAACAAAGCACCUAUAACAGAAGAGGAUAUAACUGAUAUGACUACAGUAGCUUUACAACAACUAGAGAGUGAAGCCACAACUACCGACGUAUUUACAACCACAGAGCCUAAUGAAACAUAUGACUUAGAAAAUGUUACUAGUAUACAAUCAGAUCUUAAUGAAUUUGUAUCAAAAGUUGAUAAAAAUUUGGAGAGCAAUGUUGAUAAGUCAAAUAAAACCGCUAAUCUUAUAGAAACUGCACUAACAGGAAAUAUAACUACAACAUUAGGUGAACUAGAAGAAGAUAAAACUAUAACUACACCUCUACUUAGUACUGGAAUGGAAGAUAGUGUUGACGUUUCAACCAUAGAACCUAUUACUGAAGAAAAUCCUAACCUAUCAAUUACUGUUAAUUUGGAGCACAUUAUUGCGAAUUCUACAAUAAAUCCUAUUGAAGAUGAGAAUACUUUCACUGAAAAUGAAACUAUAACAACAGCUGUAUCAGAUAAUAGCAAUAAAGAAGAUAAUUUUAUGUUACUAGUGCCAAUUACACCUAAACCAGCUGAGGUUAUAGAGUUAUCUUCUACAAUCGUGGAUCAUGAAACAGAAAGCAUGCAUACAACAACAACUGAUACACCAACAGAGCAGUUUACAACAACAGAAGUGAGUAACCCUUCUGUUACUCUGAUGUUGCAGAAAAUGAAACCACUAUCAAAGAAACCGAAUGAUGAUGAAAAAGUAACAGAUAUGGAUUCUACUGAAAAUAAAUCCUUAGACUUAUCUACAAUCAUCGAAACUAAUGUAGUAACUUUAAAUAAAGCUGAUAUGUUAUACGCUGAAGACACAACACCUGACACAUUGUCUGAUGAAAAUACUACAACUACCACUUUAGCUGCUGAAUAUACUACAACUACCACAUUACCUGCUGAAUAUACUACAACUACAACAUUACCUGAUAAAAAUACCCAAACCACCAUAUUGCCAGAUGAAAAUGAAUAUUCAAUGAAUGGCUGGAUCACUACAAUUUUACCAGACAGUAAAACUGGUACCACGAAAAACUCUCAAAUAGAAACUCAAACAGAACUAAAUACCUUAACUGAGAAAAACCAAAUAACUACAGAGAAGAACGAUAUGAUGAACUAUAGUAGUCAAAACGUAAGCAUUCUUGACAGUUCAACCAUGGUUACUUUAAAAUCUGAUGAAAUGGAUGCAACUUACAAUUCUCAUGAAAAUGUAAAUGAAACAAAUGAUUACAAUAACAAUAAUGAUAAAGCUGAACAAAAUUCGAAUACAGAAACACCAAAUCCUCUAGCACAAGUUAGCUUUUCUUCAGACAAAGUUGACUACGAGAAAGUUGCAGAUGUUGAUAGAGGAAUACAUACUAAAAUUACAAUACCAACUAAUGAAGAAGACAGCAGUUUAAGUAAUCAAACCACAUCCAAUUUAGCUAAUAAAGAUUCGAACAUAAUAUGGUUAGAUAUAAAAUCAGAUACAUAUAUUAAAUCUUUUGGCGAUUUAAAUAACUCAAAACAUCAUUCUGAAAUAGUUGAUAUUAAUACAUCAACUACACCUUGCAUGGAUAUUAAAUCUUCUGCUGACUUAAUGAGCACAAAUUUAUCUCUUAUAAGUAAUAAUAGCAAUAAUAGUCAGUUACUUUCAAACAUCAAAGCAAAUAAGAAUUUCAAUGAAUUAUUUGAAAAUAUUUCAAGUGAAAAUAAAACUGCUACCAAUUCAGAUACUGAAUCCAUUGCUGUUUCAGGAACAUCAAUGAGACAAACUAUGCCAAUUACACAUUUUGAAAACUUAAUAGCAUCAACGACAAACUCUAUUCUAAAUGAAAAUAUUUCGAAGCUUCAUCAAACGCUUACAGGUACUAAAAUCUCAUCUAACACUAACAGCACAAAUAGCAACUCAGAACAAAAUACAAAAGCUGAUGGAAAUAUCACCACUCCCGAAGAUAGUUUACUGGUAUCUGAAGCAAACCAACAAAAAGUCAGCAAAAAAGAGAAGCCCAUUAAAGGAACCAAAACUCAGCAUGUGUCAACUCCGGUACAAACUGAUUCAACUAGCGUUGCUACAUCAAACCGCCGUUGCUUGGAAGCACCUUCCCAAUGCGACGAGAACUUAAUGAUUUUGCUAGCACAACGCAAAACUUACAAACAGCCAGCGGCAUACUUCGUUUUCUUCUUGCGAACUCCCAACCAGAACGUUUUUGUUUAA